GAGACAACAUGAAACAAACUACUUAAAGUUUAACAAGAGGGCUGUGCCCACCGACAAUAUAAAAAAUAAAACCCAUUGAAUGGAAUUGCAAAUAAUUCAGGGGAAGAGAAUCACUCGCUUAUCCAGGAUGUUACAAGAAGUUGGCUGUGCCCACUGAAAACCCAAAAACACCCCCCCACUUGGGAACGCAUACAGGAUUCACUGGAAGUGAAGUCCUCCUCCAGGAUGUUCAUGUUGGCACAUCACAUGUGAGAAGCAAACCAACGUCAUGAGCCCCACACCUCUUUGAAGCAAUAAAAAGCCCCCAGAGAGCCAAGGACCCCAGUUAGAGCGGAGAAGGCAGAUCCACCACAGCACUACCAGUCGGGCGACCCAGAAAUCUGAGCACAAUGGCUGCAACACUCGGCUUACUGCUGGCUACUUUCAUCAUCAGCACAGUUACAGAUCUGUCCUACAGUCUUGAGAUAUGUCAGCCUGGAUGGACGAGUUACCAGAGCAAAUGUUACCAGUACUUCCCAAUCAAGAAGACCUGGAUUGACGCUGAGCUUUACUGUGUCAGCCUUGGAGGAAACCUGGCGUCUGUCCACAGCAGCAGUGAUAACCAGUUCAUCACCAGUCUGAUUAGGAGCAAGGACUCCUCUGGCCCCACCACAUGGCUCGGAGGCUCCAACUCUGUUCGGGCCUCAUCGUGGCUCUGGACAGAUGGGUCUCAGUGGGAUUUUGCAAACUGGAAUCCGGGUGAACCCAACAACAAUGGUGGCAAUGAGAAGUGCUUACACAUCAGCUAUAGAGUUCCAAGCACCUGGAAUGACUAUAACUGUGAAUAUCAGUUUCCAUUUGUCUGCAUUAAAAAUAAGAGAUAAAGCGUGGAGUGAGGAUGAGGGAAGCCACGAGAGACACUAAAGAUGUCCGAUCGUCAUUACAAUUUGGCUGUUUCUAAAUAAAAACACAUCUAGCAUUCA